AUGUGGCCCCCAGAUCUCGGCCCCUCCAACGCCCAGCUCAACCUUCCCGGCUUCGGCGGCGGCGUGUUCGAGGAGCCCGAGGACUUCUUCCUGCCUCCGCUGUCCCCGGGGGGCCCGUGCCACCCCACGCCGCCCCCCCACCUGGGGGCCAACCCCUCCCCCGCCCGGGCCGACCCGGACGCCGGCCCCGGGGCGCCGGCGGAGCCCAAACACGGCCCCCGGAGGCACGAGGGCUACACCUGGCCCCCCGCGGCCACUUCCUGUCUGCUGGGCUCCUCCCCCUCCCCCGGCGGCCCCGCCCAGUGUUUCUCCUCGCCCCCCUCCCACCCGGCCCUGACGUCGCCGCUCCGCGGGUUCCCGGCUGCGGGCCGCGGGAUGGCCCUCGCCGAGGACCCCCGCCAGCGCCAGGGCCCCCGGGACGACUUCCCCCCGCCCCCCAUCAAGCAGGAGCCGGCGGACCGCCCCGCGCCCUGCAAGGCAGAGCACUUCCCCCCCGCCUGCCAGCAGAGGGGCGGGCCCUUCUACCAGAGCCAGCGGGCCCCGCCCGAGCCGGGCCUCGACCCGGGGGACCCCUCCGACGGCGGCCGCUCGCCGCUCCGCUCCCCGCGGCGCUCCGGCGACGCCCCCGGGAGCCACGGGGCGGCGGCGGCGGCGGCGGCGGCGGCGGCGGAGGAGCCGGAGGGCCAGCUCUGCCGCUGGGCGGAGUGCAGCGCCGCCUACGACCACCAGGAGGAGCUGGUCCGGCACAUCGAGAAGGCGCACAUCGACCAGCGCAAGGGGGAGGAGUUCACUUGCUUCUGGGCGGGCUGCGUGCGGCGCCACAAGCCGUUCAACGCCCGCUACAAGCUGCUCAUCCACAUGAGGGUGCAUUCGGGGGAGAAGCCGAAUAAAUGUAUGUUCGAGGGCUGCUCCAAGGCCUUCUCGCGGCUGGAGAACCUGAAGAUCCACCUGCGCAGCCACACGGGGGAGAAGCCUUACGUCUGCCAGCACCCCGGCUGCCUGAAGGCCUUCAGCAACUCCAGCGACCGCGCCAAGCACCAGCGCACGCACCUCGACACGAAGCCGUACGCCUGCCAGGUCCCCGGAUGCACCAAGCGCUACACUGACCCAAGCUCCCUGCGCAAGCACGUCAAGUCCCACUCGGCCCGGGGCCACCAAGAGAGAGAGGCCCCGCUGCCCUCCAUGUUGGAGUCGGACAUGCUGAGCUACUGCCUCGCCCGGCAGCACCUCCACGUCGCCAGCGGCGGUGGCGGCGUCGCCGUCGGCAACCAGCAGAACCCUGCGGCCGGGAUGAAGGGCGGCCCCUCCCCCGGGCCCGGAACGGACGGCUUCGCAGACAUGUACUCCGGCAGCACCGUACUCCACAAGAGGCCUGGCCCCCAGUACCUCCCCCCCCCCCCAGAGUCCCGGUCGGGGUACCCCGGGAUGAAGGCCUCCAUGGUGGGCGCUGAGAGCCCCCUGCCCUCGCUGACCAGCCCCGGGCACGCGGGGGCAGGACCGACCCCCUCCUCCUCGUUCCUGGCCCACGGGGCCCCGGCGUUGAGGGCCCGUGUCCUGGACGGCCCGGCCCCCCCAGCUGACCUCCACCCCGGGGUCAGGGCCCCCCCGGCCCCCGGCUGCCAGCGAGCCGGGGGCCGGGCCCACCUGGACGGGCCCCCGGAGCAGCCAGCGUGUCUUUACGGAAACGAGAAGAUGGCUCAACCCAUAAUCGAGGGAGACUUCGACGUCACCAACUAUCUCACCAACCACUUGGCAUCCUAUUCGACCGGGUUUGAUUUGCUGCGGGACCUCCAGGGGCAAGUGGGCGGGGGCCACUCUGGCUCCGCCCCCUCCCCCGAUGACAGCUUCCUGUUUCAGAGCGGCGGUGUCGAUCGCUACCUCAGUCAGAUCUACUCCAUCUACCUGGACUCCUAAUGCCGUGGCGAGCCCCCCCCCCCUCUUCAAUCAGCCCAAACUGAUUUUAUUACCCGACGGUUGCUGACAUGGUAGAACGCCAAUUCAGAUUUCAGGUUUCAAUUAAGAAUUGCAGCAACGUCCCUUUUUUUUGUCCCCCCUAACCGUACUCUGAUGUAUUUCUAAUGUUCCAGUAUCGGCUCGUAUGUGGACAAGUUACUUUGGGGUCAUUACAGUAGAAUGCCUAGAAUCAAAUCAAUCCUGACAGGUACCUGAUUGACGCCUGCAUUGAGCCUAUUGACAGACACCAGCUGUAUCAGCUGGCGUGUUUCCAUAACAGCACACCUUCAGAGUGGCAUGCCAACACGACAUGAGUUUGUGUUUUCAGCCCAGGUCACUCAUGGACUGGCGUCCUUGUAGCCAUAGUCAUCGGAGACCAAGUGAAGCGUGGGAAUAAAACACAUCAUCAUGAGUGUACUGUUCAACCAUGACCGUGACGGGCCACUCUAACCUGUAAUCGUUUCCAAGUGCCGAUGGGCACUUGAGGCUCAUUCGCCAGGUUUGGAUUAAUUAGGCGCUCUGUUGCAAUGUGUCAUCUGGCUGAGUGUGGUCAGAAUGGUGGACUCCAUCCAUGACUUCAUCCAUUCUUUCAUCGUUCAUCAUUUAUACGUUAUAUUGACGGGGACCUCUAGCAAGGGAUUUUGGACCCGCGACCCAUCUCUACCCUUUUUCCCUUGCUCGUACACUUUUCUGGAUGAGAAAUGUCCAGCCGACGGGCCGGCUGACUUUGGAACAACAUCGCCCCCUGGUGUUCAAAAUAGUUAGUGGCCCGUACUGAACUGUUGCGUGAAAGACGCAAAGGCGCGAUACUUGGACGUUUAACUGAAAAGUGACUGCUGAUGGAAUCAAACGGAUUCCACUCUAUUGUAUCUCUUUACCUUGUCGUCACUAACAAAUGAUGAUCCCAGAGGACCAAUAAUGUUGAACAAAGGUCAGACUGUUCAGCUGUAGCCAAGACUGGACAAACAUUUACAAAAGGAGAGAUAACGAACACUAUACCAUUUUUAUAGCCUAUAACCUACAUUUUUUAUGAAAUUUUUAUAUACUAUGUUUUCCAAAAGAUUUAAAAUGUUUUUCAAUGCAAGAGAAGGAACAGUGAUAUUUACAUGCACUCCAAAUAUGUUUACAUUGACUUUUAUCGAAUGAUCACGUUCAAAAUGUUUGCUAUUAUUAUUGCAUGUAACCAUUGUGCUGGAUUAUAUGAAUCUCUUCUGCAAUGUGUUUCUUCUUUAUAAUGCCAAAUCCACAAAAGAUUUUGUAUAUAAAAAAAUGAAAUUAUUUACA